AUGGCGCGACAGGAACAGAUUAUCAGUGCUGUCGAGCCACUUCAUGUAGGCCAGUUCAUGUUUUGUCGUAUCACGACGACUGAAGGCAUCAUUGGCUAUGGAGAGGCUGGGAUUUGGGGUCACAUAGAAGCAGCCGCGACAUGCAUCAACCGGUUCGCCGAGUACCUCGUCGGCAAGCGUGCGUUCGACAUCGAACACCACUGGAACGUGAUGCAUCGCUUCAGCUACUUCCAGGGCCUUGCCAUCAACGCCGCGAUCUCCUCCAUUGACAUCGCGCUUUGGGACAUCAAGGGUAAAGCUCUGGGUGUUCCCAUCUAUGAACUCCUUGGCGGGGCUUGCCGCACGAAAGCUCGGGUUUAUGGACACAUCUAUGAGAGUACCAUUGAGAAGGUGCUUGAAGAAUGCAAGCGGAAGAUGGAGAUGGGGUUCAGCGCCUUCGGGCAUAUCAAUCCCUUUCUCGACGAGGGAACCGAUAAGGUUUACUUUAAGACACAUGUUCAGAAGAUGCGAGAUGCCAUCGGAAAUGUGCGAAAGAUGCGGGAGGUUGUCGGAGACAAGGUUGACUUGCUCGUCGAAUUGCACCGUCGUCUAACCCCGGCAGAAGCAGUCACUUUCUGCAACGGCAUCGCCGACACAUUCCCGAUGCUCGUUGAAGACCCGAUUAGACCCGAGAACGCCGAUGCCAUGGCUCGCGUGGCCGAACGCAUCUCCGUCCCGAUUGCCACGGGAGAGCGUUUCUGCACCAUCUACGAGUUUCAAGCACUGCUGGCCCGAAACGCUCUCGAGUACGCAAGGGUGGAUGUUGCUGUUUGUGGCGGAAUUACCGGAGCAAAGAAGGUGGCAGCAAUGGCCGAAGCCAACCAUGUUCAGAUCUUUCCGCAUAACCCGCUCUCGCCGAUAGGGCUCGCAGCAUGUUUACAAGUUGCCGCGGCGAUUCCCAACUUUGCGAUACAGGAGUAUGCUACGGGAUUCGAGGCUGGGGUAUUCGAGAGCACUUCGAGACAUCUUGGCAGCGACAUUGUUGAUCAUGUUCCCACGCCUAAGGAGGGCUUUGUUGACAUUCCAUCUACCCCCGGUCUCGGAAUCAACUUGGUGGCGAACGCACAGGAGAUCAGACCACCGUUGGUCCAACCUAUACGGAUGAGACCCCACAAAGAUGGAUUCGUUGUCGAUCAAUAG